CGCUCGCUAUGGCUUUCUGGGGCGUUGUGGUGUCUUUAGCGGCGUUUGCUGCGAUUUCGGUAAUUGCUGACCGAGCGGUGUUUCCUGAAGAUGUGAGAUCUGGUUCAAGGAUCGUGUCAGGAUGGGAGGCGGACGUGGGCCAGUUCCCGUACCAACUGUCGCUCCGCAUGGUGAACGGGAGUGGCAGCGUGUUCGCUUGCGGUGGCACUAUCAUCGAUACGAAUUGGGGUCUCACAGCUGCCCACUGCACCGCUCGCCGGCUGACAAUAGUGAUACGCGCCGGCACAGUAAUCACGACCCGGCCCGCUGUCAUCUUCGAGACGACCAACUACAUCAAUCAUCCUCUGUACUUGGAGGCACUAGCCGGUAUCGUGCAGCCGAACGACAUCGGACUGCUCAAUUUCGAGAGGAAACUUCAGUACAAUGAACUGAUCCAACCUAUAAGACUCCAACCGUCGAUCCACAUGAAUCGCAACUACGAUGGCGUUACACUGAUAGCGUCAGGCUGGGGCCGCACCUGGACUAACGGAUCUUCACCGGAGCAUAUGAACUGGGUGUACUUGCUCGGGGUGACUAACGAAGAUUGCCGAGAGGCGUAUGGCGGCAGCGGCAUCAUCCAGGACUCCACCAUCUGCGCGGCCUACUACAACGUCACCAGCCAGUCCACUUGCCAGGGUGACAGUGGCGGUGCUCUCGUUACUAUUGACGACGACGGAGUCCUCACCCAAGUGGGUGUCACCUCAUUCGUGUCAAUUACCGGUUGCCACACCCCGUUCCCUGCUGGUUUUGUCCGACCGGGUCAUUACUAUGACUGGUUUACUCAAAUAACCGGUAUCAACUUUGACUGGGAGUGGGACGUAGAAACCGGACCAGAACCAGAACCGGAACCUGAACCUGAACCGGAGCCCGAGCCCGAGCCCGAGCCCGAACCGCAACCGGAACCGGAACCUGAACCUGAACCUGAACCUGAACCGGAGCCCGAGCCCGAGCCUGAACCGGAACCGGAACCUGAGCCUGAAUCAGAACCCGAGCCAGAACCGGAGCCUGAGCUGCAACCGAAAACUGAACCAGAUCAGGAACGGGAACCCGUAUUACAGUUCGAGGAAGUGUUCGCACCGAUUUUCAUCAACUAAAAAUAAAUUAGUCUACUUAACGAAUAACUUAGACGAAUAACAAGAGUUUCUCCUCUUUUCUUCUGGUUCUUCAUUUUCCCUUCUUUUGCGGGCUAGUAUUUAAAUAAUUUUAUCCGUUAAU